AUGAAUCUCAAUCUUUCCGCCUCCUUGAAUGUAUUCAGACUUAUAGCAAACCCUGCUCUGUGCCUUCCCCACGCCACCAUCUCUACGUUCAAGGACCUGCCCAUUCCUCUGGACUCAGCCUUCCAAAGCAAAGACGACAAGGUCAGCAUCAAGGCUGUCGUCCUCGAUAAAGAUGAUUGCUUUGCCGUUCCAGAGACGAGCGAGGUCCAUGGGCCAUACCAAGACCGAUUCAACGCCUUGAGGGCGGCAUACCCAGGACGACGUCUGCUCAUCGUUUCAAAUACAGCUGGAGCCUUGAGCUACGAUCCCAAGAGGAAGCUGGCCUCGGAACUUGAGGAGGCCACCGGUGUGACGGUGCUCUCCCAUCAGACUAAGAAGCCUGGCUGCGGUGCCGAGAUCAUGGACUACUUCCGAAAGCAUCCCGAAACUGGCGUCACGAGUCCUCAUCAGAUUGCAGUCGUCGGGGACCGGCUAUCCACCGACAUGAUGCUCGCCAACAUGAUGGGCAGCUACGGUGUUUGGGUCAAGGAUGGGGUCGUGCCGCUUCCGCAGAAGAGCAUCUUCUCAAGGAUCGAGCAGAGGCUCGCGCCGUUUCUUCUCUCUCGCGGAUACGCCCCUCCACAACCAAGAAGUCCUUUCGAGUAG